AUCUUUUCCAACCAUGGCAGAGAAAGCGCACCCCCAAGGAGAGCUGCCCACCCCCGUCUCGACGGCCCCCAAGACCAAGCGCAAGCUGUGGUUCAAUGUGCUGGUCACCCUCGUCGCGGCCGGCUACCUCGCCAGUUUGGCCUCAUCGCACCUCGCGCGCGUCGGCAGCACGGUCGCUGCGGAGAGGCUUCAUGAGGCCACCUGGACGCAAUCGGUCCCCGCCGAGGUCCAGUGUCCCAUCCAGCCCAAGGCCCUGCACCCGCCCAAGACGGUCGAGUGGACUGACGAGCUGCGCAGCUCGUCCAUUAAGCUCUUCCAGGAGGCUGUCCAGAUCCCCACCGAGUCAUUCGACGAUAACGGCGAGCCGGACGAGGACCCCAGAUGGAAGCCCUUCUUUCACUUCCAGAAGUGGCUUGGCAGCGCCUUCCCUACCGCCUGGAAGUCGGCCAAGAUCGAGUUCAUCAACACGCUCGGCAUCUUGGCUACCUUCGAGGGUUCGGACCCCAACCUCAAGCCACUCUUGUUGAUGUCACACUACGACGUGGUCCCCGCUCCGGCCAACACCUUUGACCGUUGGACUCACCCUCCCUUCUCUGGCCACAACGACGGCCAGUUCAUCUGGGGCCGCGGAGCUGGCGACGACAAGACCUUGCUCGUGGCACAGUGGGAAGCUAUCACCUACCUUCUCGAGUCUGGUUUCAAGCCCCGCCGCACCCUCAUCCUCUCCCACGGCUUUGACGAGGAGGAGGUGUUUGCUCGUCGCGGCCAGGGCCGUAUCGCCCCCUUCCUCGAGGAGCGUUAUGGCAAGGACGGUCUUCUUCUCGUCAUCGACGAGGGAGGCGGCACCAGCGAUGAUUUCUAUGGAACGGCUUUCGCGCUCCCUGCCACAGGCGAGAAGGGAUAUCUUGAUAUUGUCAUCGAGGUUGGCACUGACGGUGGUCAUUCGUCCGUUCCUCCUCGUCACACUGGAAUUGGCAUCAUCUCCCAGAUUGUCAACUCGAUCGAGGACCACCCCUUCCAGCCCAAGCUCACAUCCAAAUCACCGAUCCUCACCUCCCUCUUCUGCGCGUCUGAGCACUCAGCAAACUUCCCCAAGAAGUGGACCAAGCUGCUCGCCAAGGGCCAGAAAGGCUGGAAAAAGAUCGCUGACGAGUUCGCCGCCGAGAGCAAGUUCGGCCGCGCGCAGAUCGGCACCACCGUCGCAGUCGACGUGAUCAAUGGCGGUGUCAAGGUGAACGCACUCCCCGAGCUCGUGACCGCGCAGGUCAACUUCCGUAUCGACUUUGACGAGUCGAUUGCCAGCACCCAGGAACACGUUGCCAGCCUCGCUGAGCGCAUUGCCAAGAAGCACGACCUCAAGUUCCAGGCGUGGAGUGACAGCAACGAGACGAUCGGCUCUCACUACGUCAAGCUGAAGACCUUGGGCAGCCCUCUAGAGCCGGCGCCGCGAACCCCCCAGUCGGGCGGCGUCUGGGAGCUCUUCGCGGGCACCGUCAAGGCUUCCCUGCCUGCGGCUGACGGCUCGGAACUCGUCGUCUCACCCUUCGCGUCGACGGGCAACACCGACUGCAAGAUGUACUACAAUCUGACCAAGAAUGUGUACCGCUUCGUGGGCCUCCCUGCCGGCAGCUCGUUUGGUGCCCACACUGUCAACGAGCGGUCGAGCAUCAAGGCCCACUUUGCCAUUGUCAACUGGGUCCACGCCAUCAUCCAGAACACAGAUGCCUACGAGGGCCCAGAGUAGACCAUCUGUAGUGGACAUCUAGCUGCAUAGAAUGAACCCGAUACUGUGGAAUGAAUGCAGUACUGAUGUGUAUCUGGUCAAUGCGUGUCAUGAGAGAGUUGUCGUGUCUAAGUGUGUCGUGGCUAGUGGUCAUGUCCUUCCUCGGAUGGCACAUAUGUCCUGUACCGUCCAGCUUGCUCCCAUGGCGGGCGAGCGGCGUCGCGCUCGACGUCCUCCAGUGCCGCAGCGGUCGCGUUGAUGCCGGACGACCACCCGGGUGAAGGGCGCACCUCCCAGCCCUCGCUGCCCCUCCGCACACGCGUCGCGGUUGUGUAUGCGCGGAGAGGCACGUCGUCGUCGUCAUAGUCGGAAAGGUAUCGCUCGGGGGACGAGCUCGAGUCUGGCUCCGAGUCGCCGUCGUCCACGUCCGUCUCCCACGGCGCCACAUAGUUGCUGGGGUUGGCGUGCGAGUACGGGCGGCGCUCGAGUGGCUGUUGAUUACGUUCACGGCGCUCGCGUCGCGCUCCGCUAGAGGCCCGGAGAGCAGGGUUGAAGCCGUUACCGUAGAUGAAUGCGUUGCCACUCGGGGGUGGGGGGUUGGGGUACUGUGUCGGGUCGCGCGGGGGCCACGAGUACUGCACCUCUGAAUCUGGGCGUGUCAGCCUAUACCAUGUUCUCAACAUUGCUGAGGUGGGCGCGGAGCCGCGCCUGCGCCGCCGAGUGCGAGUGGAGCGGCGGGGUCGCAGCCCCGUUGUUCCAUGUCGCGUGGUUCCGCCCCGGUACUUGGUCCGGCGCGACGGCUUCGGCCCACUCGGACGCCGACUCACC